AUUACAACGAAACAGACAUUCUAUGAAAUUUUGAAGGAUAUUUUAUUUUGUUUUCAUAUUAAAGAGCUAAUGUUUUUUUCAAGUGCAGACUACCGUUAAUAUAAAUUAGCUCAAUGCAUAGAAUCGAGGAAGUGUUUGUAGCUGGUAACGACACUGAUUAUGAAGACACCGAAUAUUUGAUGGAGGCAGCUGAAAAAUCUUCAGUUCUUGUGAAAACGCCCCAAAAAGUUGAACCAGCUAGUACGAUGAAAAAAGUUCCCAUAAUACGAAAAGCUGGCGAAAUCGUAUUCCCGGUGCAUAUGAAAAUGACCGGGAAUGUUAAAGUUUCUCCUUCAACCCCAAAAAAUGUACAAAGCACCGCCAAGCCGUCUCCAAAGAACAUUCUGCUUGGUUUGGAAAAUAAGCAUAAAGAUCACAAUGAAACUACAACUCCUGCUGCGUCCGGUUCUGUUAGUUUGGAUUCCCUGGGUGAACAAAUGGGUCGCCUUGAGAAUAAGUUGGACCAAGCCCUGGCCAAACUCUCUCAGCAUGAUAAUGCUCUCAAGAUACUUAAACAUAAUGUCAAAGAUUUACGGAUCGAGUUAAGGAACUCUUCCAAGGUGCAGGCGCAAAUUGUUUCCUUCACUGAUGAACAGAUGUUGAAUCAGAAUAUCAAGCCAAAGCGAUCUCGCAAACGCUUGAUUCUGUUCCCGGUUGCCGAUGAUCACUACCUGGCCCGUUUAGAGGAACUAGUCCAGGCUGACGAAGAAAUGCGCGAUGAGCUCAUCGAUCUUUUCAACGAAGCACCGAAUACAAGCGUAUAUGAAUAUUUACGGAAAAACGUGCACUGUUUAUUUUUAAAUACAUCAAAAUUCACCUGGACAGGAAAACCAGCGACCGGGCCUUAUCCGGGUCCUCCAUCAAAUCCAGCCUACAAAAUGCAGCUAGUAGAACUACUUCUAACAUGUUGCGCGGACAAAUUUCCCAAUGCUACCAGAUCAUUUUUAGAAAAAGAAUUUAGACACGCACUUCAAAACUUUAACGACGCUAAAAUGAUAAGAGAAAGACGACGCCAGCAGCUUGCGGGAAAAGAAAGCUUUACUGUAUCUUUUGGUGAACAGCUCAUACCUGUGAAUGAUGGUAAUGAUUUAGAAAUAAAUGAAUGACAACUGCGGAGAAGAUCUGCAGAGAAUUAA